AUGGUGAUCCCAUCUACCUCCGAACCCGGGGUCACAAGUGCCUUCGCCAACGGGUAUUCGGUAUCUCCCGUCACCGACGCUGCCGGAUUGCACAAUGAACUAGCAGCGAAUGACCAUGGGAACACUGUUUUCCAAUCUCCCGAAGAUGAUGCUGUCUCCGAGUCCUCUGACAAUGCCGAUCCCGCGGACGACUCGUAUAAUACCGAUUCCCCCGAUGCUGAAGGUGAAGAUGAUGAGUCUGGGACGGAGAAUAGCGCGAAAGCUAGUAGUCCACCCGUUGCUGAAAAUUCUUCCUCCCCUCAAACAACUCGAGGCACGAAGCGCAAGUCGCCGUCUGUGGAUGAUGCGGACUUCAUUCGACAGAAUCCUGAUCUGUACGGGCUUCGUCGCAGUGGACGAGCUCGCACGACGCGUCGGGUAGCCGAAUCGUCGUCGGAGUCAGAGUCCGAUGACGUGGCGCCUCGCUCUAAGCGUCGGCGCCCUCUCGCCUCACAGAUUUCGAAAGCUCCUACACGCUCCGCAACGCAAUCAACGUUCUCUGAUGACUCAGAUAGUGAUGAGUACGGCGGUAGUCGUGCCCGCGCGAGCAAGGCGAAACGUCGGCGACUGCUUCAAGCGUCCGCGAACAACGUUCCUUCCCAUGCCGAGGUUCGCUUCUCGACCAGGAAUGCUGCCAAGGUUUCGAACUACAAUGAAGAUGACGAUGACUCGAUGUUUGAAGAUGAUGCAGAUGAUUUAACACCUAAUUACUGGGUGAACACAGUAGAAGAUGAUCGACCUGCGAUAGACAUUGUGCUUAAUCAUCGUCCUAAGCCUGGCGUCGAUCCGAGCGACCCAGACAUUGAUCGUCAUCAGUUCGAAUUCUAUAUAAAAUGGCAAGAGAAGUCUCACUACCACGCGACGUGGGAGACAACUGAGAGCUUGGCCAACUGCCGGAGUACACGUCGGCUUGACAAUUAUGUUCGGAAGGUUCUCGCCGAAGACCUGCGCUUGAAUUAUGACGAAGGUGUACCCCCUGAGGACCGAGAGAAGUGGAACCUUGACCGCGAAAGAGAUGUCGAUGCUAUCGAGGACCACAAGAUCGUGGAGCGUGUAAUUGCAAUGCGCGAAGGAGAAGACGGCACUGAAUACUUGGUGAAAUGGAAGCGCCUAUUCUACGAUUCCUGUACAUGGGAGAGUGAGGAGUUGAUUAGUAACAUCGCUCAACGUGAGAUAGACCGUUUUCUAGAUCGAUCGUCCCGGCCACCCGUUUCAGACAAGAAGGAGUCCCAUCCCAGUUCUCGCAAACCUUUCGAGCCAAUCAAGGGAACACCAAGCUUUUUACACAAUGGUCAACUCAAGGAGUUCCAAGUGAAAGGUGUCAACUUCAUGGCUUUCAACUGGGUGAAGAACCGCAAUGUUGUCCUGGCAGAUGAAAUGGGCUUGGGGAAAACGGUGCAGACUGUCGCUUUUAUCAGCUGGCUCCGUCAUGUCAGACGUCAGCAGGGUCCGUUCGUUGUCGUUGUUCCUCUAUCUACCAUGCCAUCAUGGGCGGAAACUUUUGACAAUUGGUCUCCUGACCUUAACUACGUCGUCUAUAACGGGAACGAAGCGUCUCGUAACGUCCUUAAAGAGUACGAGCUGAUGGUGGACGGCAAUCCUCGACGACCAAAGUUCAACGUACUCCUGACGACCUAUGAGUAUGUCUUAGUGGAUUCAUCCUUCCUCAGUCAAUUCAACUGGCAGUUCAUGGCAGUAGAUGAGGCUCAUCGACUGAAAAACCGUGAUUCACAACUAUAUAUCAAACUUCAAGAGUUCAAUUCUCCCGCCCGCCUCCUCAUCACCGGUACCCCUAUCCAAAAUAACUUAGCCGAACUUUCGGCCCUCUUGGAUUUCUUAAAUCCUGGGUUGGUCAAUGUUGAUGCCGAUAUGGACCUUAAUUCAGAGGCAGCGUCAGAGAAACUCGCCGAGUUGACCAAGGCUAUCUCACCUUUCAUGCUACGCCGGACGAAGACCAAGGUUGAGUCCGACCUUCCGCCUAAGACGGAGAAAAUUAUUCGCGUCGAGCUUUCUGAUGUUCAGUUAGAAUACUAUAAGAACAUUCUUACGAAGAAUUACGCUGCGUUGAACGAAGGCACCAAGGGUCAAAAGCAAUCGCUCCUCAACAUCAUGAUGGAGUUGAAGAAAGCAAGCAACCAUCCUUUCAUGUUCCCUAGUGCGGAAACCAAGAUAUUGGAAGGAAGCACUCGCCGUGAAGAUGUGUUGCGAGCUUUAAUCACUAGCAGCGGCAAAAUGAUGCUCCUCGAUCAACUUCUCGCUAAGUUGAAGCGCGAUGGGCACCGUGUUCUGAUUUUCAGCCAAAUGGUAAAGAUGCUGGAUAUCCUGGGUGAUUACAUGGAGUACCGUGGCUACACUUAUCAGCGACUUGAUGGCACAAUACCUUCAGCAUCGCGUCGCCUUGCUAUUGAGCAUUACAAUGCCCCGGAUAGCAGUGAUUUUGCGUUCAUCCUCUCUACGCGGGCGGGUGGUCUCGGAAUUAACCUUAUGACUGCGGAUACUGUGAUCCUGUUUGACUCUGAUUGGAACCCUCAAGCAGACCUUCAGGCAAUGGCAAGGGCACACCGUAUCGGUCAGACAAAGCCUGUCAGUGUUUAUCGCCUCGUCUCCAAAGAUACCGUGGAAGAGGAAGUGAUCGAGAGAGCACGGAACAAGCUUCUUCUUGAGUUCAUCACCAUUCAGCGAGGUGUUACAGAUAAGGAAGCCUCCGAGAUUCAGAACAAGAUGGCUCGAGGAGGCAUCACGCUCGGCGAGCCUAACUCUACCGAUGACAUCUCUCGAAUCCUCAAGCGCCGCGGCCAGAGAAUGUUCGAGCAGACCGGCAACCAGGCGAAGUUGGAACAGCUUGAUAUUGAUUCAGUGCUCGCUAAUGCUGAAUUGCAUCAAACUGAACAGGCUGAGGGCAUUCAAGCAGACGGUGGCGAAGAGUUCCUCAAAGCAUUUGAUUACGUCGACAUCAAGGUUGACGAUCUCACAUGGGACGACAUCAUACCCAAGGAACAGCUUGAGGAGAUUAAGGCAGAAGAGAAGAAGAAAGCCGACGAGAAAUACCUAGCAGACGUCAUUGAACAGAAUCGACCGCGCAAGCGCAUUGUUGCAGGUGAUGAGCGAGAUACCCGUGCCGAAAGAAAAGCUAAGCGACAAGCACGGGUCCAGGUCAGUAUGAACGAUGAUGAUGGAGAUGACUCGGAACCAAAUGCGAAAGCGGAUCCGAAGCGCCCGCUAGUGGAGAAGGAAUAUCGUCACCUCCUUCGAGCCUUUCUACGUUAUGGUGAUAUUGAGGACCGAGAAGAGGAAGUUAUUCGAGAAGCGCGUCUAACAGAACGCGAUAGGGACACUGUUAAAAGUGCACUGCGUGAGAUUACCGAUAAGGCUGCGGAGUUGGUUAGAGAGGAUGUUGCACGACUGGAGGCUCUCGAAAAUGCCGGCAAGGUUCUCACCAAAAAGGAGAGAAAAGCCGUGCUGUUUGACCUUCACGGUGUAAAGCGCCUCAACGCCUAUACCAUUGUGGAGCGUCCAACCGAAAUGCGAGUCCUAAAGGAAGCAACCCUCGCGGUGCCUGACUUCAGAAACUUCCGUGUUCCGGAAGCGACAAAAGCACCUGAUUAUUCAUGUUCAUGGGGAGCGCGAGAAGACGGGAUGCUCUGCGUUGGUAUCUCCCGCCAUGGGUACGGAGCCUGGAUGCAGAUUCGUGAUGAUCCCGACCUCGGGCUAGGAGACAAAUUCUUCUUGGAAGAGCAUCGGGUUGAGCGUAAGACGGAGCGGUUAAAUGCAGAAGACAAGUCUACAAAGUCGCCUGGCGCGGUACACCUUGUCCGAAGAGCCGAUUACCUUCUGUCCAUCCUCAGAGACAAGGCUAGCAAUGGCUCCAAUACUACGGCGAAGCGAGCGGUGGACAACCAUCAUCGCAACGCCCGAAAGAGCACCUCCCGGCCCCACGCAAGCGCAAGUGUCUCGGCAUCUCCCGCUCCUUCACUUCAGCGUAAGGGCCACCGGGAACAGGAUCGGAGCCGGCAUCGGUCUCAUACUCACGGAGGGCGGGAUAGCAUGGAGCGGCACAACACUCCAAAUCGCGAUUCUCGUGCUCGAUCUAUUAACGAGAAUGAUCGCCGCUAUAGACCGUCUGAUGCCUCUAGUGAAGAUGUUCGCCGUCGCAAAAACAGCGAGAAUGGACACUCGGCGAGCAAGGAGGAUAUGUCACGUCGCUUCUUCAAACCUAUCCGUGAUGAUCUCAAAAAGGUCGCGGAUGUCACCAAAGAAAACUUCCCAAAUAAAGCAGAACGAGCUUCUGAGCUCCGGCGUCUGCUUAACAAGAUUGGUGACUUUAUCAACAGCAACUUGCAGGGAGAGAACACUGGUUCUCUCUCCUCUCUCGAAACUCGACUAUGGCACUAUGUCUCUGUCCAUUACUGGCCCAACAAAGACGCGGGAGGAGCUAAACUUCAAGAAAUGUACCACAAACUGAUUGAAGUCCACAAGAAAUCUGCCGAACACACUGUCGCCUCAAAAGGAGACUAA